AUGCAUGAGGGUUCUGUGGGUGUUAUCUUUCCCCCCAUUAAUUUCCCCAUUGAGCAACUGUUCCCCAUCCCCCAUCCUUUCCCUCCCCACCUAUGCGCCGUGUUGCCAUGCGAAUCUCCUCUGUCCUGCACCUCCCCAUCACCAUCUCCCGAUCAUCAUCUGUCAUCCCCAUAUUUACCUCCCCCCAUCUCCCCCCCAUUUCCCCAUCUUCUCCCCCCCUUCACCGCCACCCCAUCAACCCCACCAUCAACUCGCCGUGUUGCCAUGCAUGUGCACCAGCGAAUCCCCUCUGCCCUGCGCCUCUCCAUCACAUCUGUUUCCAUCAGCCAUCAUCCCCCUCUUAUCCCGGCAUCUCCCUACCAUCUCCUCCCUACGUUUCCCCAUCAACCCCUCCUCCCAGCGCGCCGUGUUGCCAUGCAUGUGCACCAGCGAAUCCCCUUUGCCCUGCGCCUCCCCAAUCACCAGUUCCCGCUCACCAUCUCCCCAUCAUCCCACCCAUCCCCAUUAUCCCCCCCGUCAGCGCGCCGUGUUGCCAUGCAUGUGCACCAGCGAAUCCCCUCUGCCCUGCGCCUCCCAUGGGAGGGGGCAGUUGAGGGGGAACAGCAAGGGGUGGGCGAGGAGGAAGAGGAGGACGACAAGGGGGGAAGGCGGGCGUAUUUUGUGCAUCGUGUUCACAUCAGUAUGGGCAGGAAGGCAGAUGAAGAUGGAAGAAAGCAUGCAAGCGAGGAUGCUAGAGGGAGUGACACUAAGGAGGAUGGCAGUGAACGUGACUGUAAGGAGCGUGAGGGAAGCAGAGGGGUAGCUGAGGAGGAGGAGGAGGAGGAGGAGGAGGAGGAGGAGGAGGAGGAGAAGACUCCAUCAGGCCUCGGCUCUGCCCAAGAAACCUCCCGGUUUCUCCUCUUAUGCGUGGGGGAACUUGGUCCAGAGUGUGGGGCGGCGAUGUUCGGACUGUUCCCGAAAGGAGUGGGCCAUGCGACAGUGCAGCUGACUCCCAUGGGCCGUGUGGUGCUCUCUGCCAGUCAGGUAUGCGACCUUGUGUACCUUUGCUGCACGCCUGUCGUCCCCCCUCUCCCUCCUCCCCCACCUGCUUCCCUUGCACGCUCAUCUCCUCAUGUUCUUCUACACGCUUCUCAUCUGCACCUUCCCAUUGCUCUUCCCCUCCCCCACCCACCCUCCAACUUUCCCUCUGCCCGCACCUACUUACAUGUCCUUCCAUGCACAUCUCUUCCGCAUACCUUCCCCCAUUGCUCUUCCCCCAUUGCUCUUCCCCCAUUGCUCUUCCCCCAUUGCUCUUCCCCUGUCCCCGCCCUCCCCACUACCCGCGCCUGCUUCCCUCCCUUGCAGGCGCGUCUGCUCAUGUCCUUUCACGCGCAUCUCUUUGCCACUCUCCUGCGCCGCUGCCGCCGCUGCUGCCAAUCCGCACCCAUUCCUAGUGCUGGCCGUGGCAGUGCUGCCCUUGACAAUGUUUCCCCUAGCACUGCUUCCCAGUACCAGCCAUCCCCGUUUUGGAAUGGCUCGUUGCACUAUUUAGUUGCUCCGGUGGCUCAACCGUUGUCGAUGGGCAGUCCCUGCCAGGGUGCUGCUGCUGCUGCGGGUAUGGCUGCAGCAGCAGCAGCAGCUGCUGCCGCUGGUGUUGCUGCUACCACUGCUGCUGGAACUGCUGGUGCUGCAGCUACUGCUUCUGCUGGAACUGCUAGUGCUUCUGCUGUUGAGAUGGCUGCUUCUCGUGGUGGUGGUGGUGCUGCUGGUGCUGGUGCUGGUGCUGAUACUGAUACUGCUGCUGCUGUUUGCGGCGACACAGACACGACUGAAGCCGACUUUGCUGGGCCAGAGGGAAAGAAGAGGAAGCUGUGGGGAGUGAAGCUGGGUGGGAGUAAGGUGGAGGGCGAUGGAGUGCGGUGCGGAGGAGUAAAGGGUUCAUUUGGAGAAAAGGGAGAGGCAAGGUCGGAUAUGGAUGUGUCUGGAAAGGAGGAAGAAGGGGAGGAGUUGAAGGGAAAGGGGAGGGGUCGGGGCGAAGGGGAGGAGUGGAAGGAGGUGUCGCGUGCGGCGAUCGACUGGGCUGUAGUCAUGUCUGUUGCUGAUGCUUCUCUGUGGCUGGUAGAUGCUACAGAGGGGGGUGAGGGGAUGGGGGAGGCGACGAGGGUGGGGGGGGAGAGGAGCGUGGGGGAAGAAGGGAGAAUGGGAGAGGAGAGAGUGGGGGAGGAAAGGGAAGGGGAAGAGGAGGGGAUGCAACCAAAACGAGGAACCAAAGUACAAGGGGGUCGAGGAGAGCAAAGGAACAGGCAAGGAGACCGAGAAGAGCAGUGCGAGCAGGGGGCAGGAGAGCGAGAAGCCACAGAGGAGCAGGGGCGUGAUGGGUUGCACUGUGAGCAGCAGCAGGGGCUGAGAGUGCUGGGGCGGCACAUGCAGAGACAGAGCCUAGAGGAGCAGCUGGAAGCUGUGGAGCGCAUGAGAGGGUGUGUGGUUGUCGCCAGGCACACUGGAAGAGGGCGCGUUGACAGCUCUCAGCAGGGGCUGAGAGUGCUGGGAGGACACAUGCAGAGACAGAGCCUGGAGGAGCAACUGGCUGCAGUGGAGCGCAUGAGAGGGUGUGUGGUUGUCGCCAGGCACACUGGGUGGCUGUAUCGCGUGUCUCGGGGGGAGGCGGGGAGGGAUGAGGGUAAGAAGGAAGAGGGGAAGGAUGGGGAGGGGGAAGGGGAGGCUCGGGAGGAGGAGGUUGGAGGAGAGGGCGUGUUGACAGCUCUGAGUCCCUUCCCUAAUGAAGGCUAUUCGACGUUCGAGGAGUAUUUCAGAGAGAGGCACGGUGUGCGACUGGUGUGCUCCCAUCUGCCUCUGCUGCUCAUGCGCUCGCUUCCCUCUGCCAAGGCCUGCCUCAAGCUGCCCUCACCAAACGACAUGCCUAAAGCACCCCUCCACCCCACUCCUCCUCCUCCGCCUCCUCUCGCCUGCUCUCCGAACCGCCUCGCUGCUCUGUGCUGCCCUCAUUGCGUCCCUCUGUGCUCUUCCUUCACCACAGCUUCUUGUGCUCACCCUUUUUCCUCUCCUCCCUCCAUACCCACUCCCCCCCUCCCUCUCUCCCCUCUCCCCCGCGCACCCUCCCACCAUCACUCCUACAGCCUCCAAGACCACUCCUACAUCCUCCUCCCCCUCCUCCUCUCGCCCAUUCUCCGUGCUGCUCCCCCCCGAACUGCUCCAUCCACUCAUGGCCUUCCCUCUCUACCAGGCCACCUCGCUGCUGCCCUCUGUGCUGCCCUCCGUGCUGCUCCCUGUAAUGCUUUAUCCCUCCAAGACCACCCCACACCCCGCCUCCUCCCCCUCCUCCUCCUCUCGCCCAUUCUCCGUGCUGCUCCCCCCCGAGCUGCUCCAUCCACUCAUGGCCUUCCCUCUCUACCAGGCCGCCUCGCUGCUGCCCUCUGUGCUGCCCUCCUUGCUGCCCUCGCUGCUGCCCUCUCCUCCAAGACCAGCACCCUUUCCUCUUCCUCCUCCCGCCCAUUCUCCGUGCUGCUGCCCCCCGAGCUACUCCAUCCGCUCAUGUCCUUCCCUCUCUACCAGGCUGCCUCGCUGCUGCCCUCUGUGCUGCACCGCCUGCACGGGCUUCUGCUAGCAGGAGAAUUAAGGGACAGAAUUGGCCGGGAGGCUCAAAUGGAAGUGAUUCUCUCAAAGCUUCCAGUCACUAGGGUGAGUGUGAUGCCCCUCCCUGCUGCACACCCUGUCGCGCUCGCUGCUGUCCUCCGUGCUGCACCGCCUGCGCAGGCUUCUGCUAGCAGGAGAGUUAAGGGACAGGAUUGGGGUGGGACUGGCCCUGCUUCUUUCGCUGAGGUGACUUUUGAGUCGACUCAAAAGUCACCUCAUGGGACCGGCCCUGCUUCUUUCGCUGCUGCCCUCCGUGCUGCACCGCCUGCAGGGGCUGCUGCAGGCAGGGGAGAUCCACUUUCCACUCACUCUUUGUGCUGCGCCUUCCCCUUGAUCCCUCUCCCCUCUCCCCCCUCUCUGCAGCUCCUUCACGCCCCAAGUGCCCAGUCCACGGGGAAGGGCUUUUCCUAUGAGAGGGACGAGCUGCUGGGGGAGCUGCUUACUUUUGAGUCGACUCAAAAGUCAGCUUUUGAGUCGACUCAAAAGUCCCUCUCCCCUCCCCCCCCUCUCUGCAGCUCCUUCACGCCCCAACUCCUGCACGCGAUAGCAGCAUGCUCAAGAGGAGAGGGCUUCUCCUACGAGAGGGACGAGCUACUGGGGGACUGCUACCACCAGGGGUGGGGCAUAUGUACUGUCUUCUUCAAGGCAGGGCUCCUGCAUGCCAUAACGGCCUACUCAACUGGUGAGGGCUUUUCCUACGAGAGGGACGAGCUGCUGGGGGAUUGUUUUCUCAAGGCGGCGCUCAGCUCACAUCUUUUUCGCGAGCUGCCCGGCGCACAUGAGGGCGUGCUGACUCAGCGCCGCACCGACGCUAUCAGCAACGAGGCGCUGCUAUCAACUGCCAGGGAGAAGAAGCUGCAUGUGAGUAGGGAGAUAGCAGAAAGAACCGGUGGGUGGGUCAAGCGAGAGUAUCUGCGGGCCAGGAUAUUCACAGCAGGGAAGUGGCACGUGCCAGGCGAAGGUGUUGAGAGCGGUGGAAGCAGCAAGGUGGGAGGAAUCAACCACAUGAAAGCAUUGAACCCGCUACCUCCCUUGGUGGUGGUAUCCCCGCCUCCUGUGCGCGUGUCUGGGAAGGCUUUAGCUGAUUUGGUGGAAGCUCUGGUGGGGUGUGUGUGGGACACGUGUGGGGCUGCUGCUGCUACACGUGUCAUGGCCUGGUUGGGUCUUCCGGUGGGGCUGUCUGGAUUUGAGGGGGUGGAUGUGGGUCGAGGAGAGAGGGAGAGAGUGGCUGGGAGAGCGGGUGGUGAGGUGUGUGGAGGGGUGGGUGAAGGGGUGUGUGGAGGGGUGGGUGAAGGGGUGUGUGGAGGGGUGGGUGAAGGGGUGUGUGGAGGGGUGGGUGGAGGGGUGUGUGAAGGGGUGGGUGGAGGGAGGAGUGGGAAGAGUGUGGAAGGAAACGAGGGAGAGGUGUGUGUGGGUGGGAAUGGGGAGAAAACCGCAGAGGACAUAGGAGCGAGGGGUUCUGAUACAGAUGAGUUGAUGAUUGAAGAAAGUGGGAGAAAGGAAGGAGAGGAAGGACGAGCGAGGGGAGAAGAGGAGGGAGGGGAGGAGGAAGGAGAGCAGAGAGAGGAGGAGGGUGGAGGCGAGAAGGGGCUGUCUGGAGUGAGGGAGAUAGAGAAGGCACUGGGAUAUGAGUUCAGAGAUAAACGGCUGGUGCUGGAGGCCCUAACCCAUCCCAGCUUCGUCAACUGGGCCUCUGACGAAGUCGUCACGUGUUACCAGGCACUGGGGUACGAGUCAAGGGAUAAGUGGCUGGUGCUGGAAGCCCUAACCCAUCCCAUCUUCGUCAACUGGGCCUCUGACGAUGCAGUCUCGUGCUACCAGGUGAGCUAUUUGAGACAGCAGCUCAUGUCAAAGGGGUUGUGUGGGGCGAGGAAGGUAGAGGCGGCACUGGGACACGAGUUCAGGGACAAGCGGCUGGUGCUGGAAGCCCUGACUCACCCCAGCUUCGUCAACUGGGCCUCUGACGAAAUGGUGACGUGUUACCAGCUGCACGUGCAGCACCCGCACCAGACGCCACGUCAGCUCACCUUUCGCCGCGCCGCGCUCGUCAACAACGAGAACCUCUCCCGCAUCGCCACGUCAGCCGUUUCUGCUGCUGGUGCCACGUCAGCAGGAGGCUCGGGAUUGGCCCUGCACCGCCACAUCAGACAUUUCUCGGUCCACCUGGGCGGGGAGAUUGCAGCGUUUGUGAGGGACCGAGAGGAGAGGAGGGAGAGGGAAAGGAGGAUCACCAGCUUGGAGGUGUCUCACAAGGGGUUUGCGGACAGUGCAAUGGGGGAAGGGGAGAUGGAGGAGGGGGGAGAGAGGGAGCGGGGGAAGCAGAGGAAGGAGGUGGAGCGAGAGGAGGAGGGUGGAGAGGAGGGGGGAGAGGAGGGGGGAGAAGAGGGGGGAGAGGAGGGGAGGAGGGAGAAGCUGGAUGGAUACUUUGGGGAGGGCGGAGUGCAGGCUCCUAAGGCAAUAGGAGACGUGCUCGAAUCCCUGGUGGGGGCGACUCCGGUCGACUGUGGGUUUGACACCGAGAGGGUGUGGGGGCUCUUUUCCCAGUUCUUCCCCACCCGUGUCACUGCUGCCUCUGCUCUGCGCUUAUUCCCUUAA